AUGGAGUUACUAUUAUUGGCAGUUGGUGCGACACUUACUAUGUCCGCGUAUGAUGAUCGCUCCUCGAGAAGAAACACUAAUUUUGACUAUGAUUAUGGUUGUGAUUAUGGGUCCUGCUACUCCUCAAGAAGGCUGACAGGAUUGUGCCAGUCACGUUGUCGCAACUAUUAUAGCUGUCAUAAUUCUCACCAGUGCAAAGAGGGCAUAAGUGGAGCUGCACUGAGUGUCCAGCAUUCUUUGUCUAGAAGUGGUAGUGCUAGUUAUAGCUCAACACCUGUUGCAGGUAGGACCACACAAACAGUAACGAAUAAAUCACAAACGAGAUCCAAGCCAAAAGGUCUACCAAGACAAGUUGCAAAACCUGCACCCAAAGCUGCCUCAAAGCCUGUUCCAGAAUUAGCUAAUAAUUUGAAAACUAGAGAUUGUCCUCUGGAAGCUAGUGGCUCUACCAAGCUCAACAACUUGAAGAAUAGUCCAAACUUAAGUAAGAAGCUGUUUUCAUUCUCUAGUUUUUUUAAAAGAAGCCAAAAGGAUAAUAUCAUUGCUCAACCGGUGAAGCUGGAUCAAGGUGCGGCAAGUUCCAAAACUAAAAUCAACAAAAAUGAAGCUGGUGUUGCAAAGGCAAACAACGACAACGUAAAAGAGUCAGCUUUGAAGCCACCAUCGUUUGAAGAGAGUAUGGGUGAUGAAGUUCUUAGAGUCGAAGAUGAAGAUGAAUGCGUUGCUUUACCAGGGUAUACUUUCGAACCACCACCUUCAUACGAUGACUAG